AUGUUCACUUUGAUUUUACUCUUCUUGCUGCUAAACAUUCCACUUAUUGUGGCUGAUUUCAUUGAUCCCAGGUGCUUUUGGAGAAUAAAACAGAAUAAAGACGAGGAUGGAAACCUGGGAUCAGGUUGUAGCUUCUUUAUUCAAGCAGUACAAUGGCCUGUGGAGAAAGAGUAUUUCAGUUCUAUUUUGAAUACACAAACACACACUGAAAAUCACAAGUAUGCUCUGGUCUUGGCGUUUUCCAUAAAUGAAGUCAACAGGAACUCUGAUCUUUUGCCAAAUAUGUCUCUAAUAUUUACAUUCUCAGCCCUGAUUUGUGAUUAUGAAUCCCAAUUAAAAAGUCUCAUUCAUUUGAGUUUACAAAAUCAUGAAAUUUUCCCUAAUUACAUCUGUAAUGAUGACGUCUGUGCAGUGGCACUUACAGGACUAAACUGGACAACAACUCUGACACUUUAUACAAUCCUAAACAACUUCAUAUCUCAUCAGUUCCUUCAUCUUACUUAUGGACCCUUUCAUCCUGUCCUGAGUGAUCAUGAAGAAUUUCCCUAUCUAUAUCAGAUGGCCUCUGAGGAUACAUCUCUAGCCCUUGCCAUGGUCUCCUUCAUAAUUCAUUUCAGUUGGAACUGGGUAGGGUUGGCCAUCUCAGACAAUGAUAAAGGUAUCCAAUUUCUUUCCUAUUUGAGAAGAGAGAUGGAAAAAAAUACAGUCUGCUUUGCUUUUGUCAGCAUGAUUCCAGUCAAUAUGCAUUUAUACAUGACAAGAACUGAAGUGUAUUACAAUCAAAUCAUGACAUCAUCUACAAAUGUUGUUAUCAUAUAUGGUGACACAGACAGUACUUUAGCUGUGAGUUUUAGAAUGUGGGAAUCUCUAGAUAUAAAGAGAAUAUGGGUCACCACCUCACAGUGGGCUAUUACUACUGGUAAGAAAGACUUCACAUUUAAUAACUUGUAUGGGACAUUUGCUUUUGGACACCACCAUGGUGAGAUUUCUGGUUUUAAAAACUUUGUCCAGACAUUGAACCUGUUAAAAUACUCAGAUGAAUAUCUGGUAAAGCUGGAAUGGAUGUACUUUAACUGUGAAGUCUCAGCACCUAAAUGUAAGACACUGAAGAACUGCUCUUCCAAUCACCCAUUGGAAUGGUUAAUGGUACGUACUUUUGACAUGGCCUUUACUGAAGGGAGUUAUGCCAUAUACAAUGCUGUAUAUGCUGUUGCCCAUGCACUCCAUGAGCUGACUUUUCAAAAAUUUGAUAAUCUGCCCACUGACAAUGUGAAAGAACAAAAUUAUGCCUGCAACAAGCUGGGUUCCUUCCUGAGAAAGAUCCACUUCACUAAUCCUGUUGAGGACAGAGUGAAUAUGAACCAAAGAAACAAGCUUCAGGAAAAUUAUGACAUUUUCUAUGUUUGGAAUUUUCCACAGGGACUUGGACUUAAAGUGAAAAUAGGAAUAUUUAGUCCCUAUAUUAUAAAUGGUCAACAGCUACAUUUGUCUGAAGAUAUGCUAGAGUGGGCAAGAGGAAGUACACAGAUGCUGACCUCUGUGUGCAGUGCUGAUUGUGGUCCAGGAUUUAGAAAAUUCGGGAAGAAUGGAAUGCCAGCCUGUUGUUUUGAUUGCAGUCCCUGCCCAGAAAAUGAAAUUUCUAAUGAGACAAAUGUGGAGUUGUGUGUCCCGUGUCCAGAAGACCAAUAUGCUAAUACAGAGCAGAAUCACUGCAUUCAUAAAGCUCUUAUAUUUCUCACUUAUAAAGACCCCUUGGGGAUGGCACUUUCCUUAAUGGCAUUGUGCUUCUCUGCAUUUACAGCUGUUGUUCUUUUGGUCUUUGUGAAGCACCACAGUACUCCCAUAGUUAAGGCCAAUAACCGCACUCUCACCUACAUCUUGCUCAUCUCCCUCAUUUUUUGUUUCCUCUGCCCCUUGCUCUUCAUUGGCCAUCCAAACUCAGUCACCUGCAUCCUACAGCAAGUCACAUUUGGAGUUGCAUUCACUGUGGCUGUUUCCACUGUGUUGGCCAAAACAAUUACUAUUUUACUGGCAUUCAGAGUCACAGCCCCUCAAAGAAUGAUGAAGUACUUUCUUGUUUCAGGGACAUAUAUCUAUAUCAUUCCCAUCUGUACUCUCAUCCAAGUUAUUGUCUGUGCAGUCUGGCUGGGAGCUGCUCCUCCUUCUGUUGACAUUGAUGCACGAUCAGAGCAUGGUCACAUUAUCAUUGUUUGCAACAAGGGUUCAGUCAGUGCCUUUUACUGUGUCCUGGGAUACCUGGCCUGCCUGGCCUUUGGGAGCUUCACUCUGGCUUUCCUUUCCAGAAACCUGCCCAGCACCUUCAAUGAAGCUAAAUCCAUAACAUUCAGCAUGCUGGUAUUCUGCAGUGUCUGGGUUACUUUCCUUCCUGUUUAUCAUAGCACUAAAGGCAAGGUCAUGGUGGCUGUUGAGAUCUUCUCCACUUUGGCUUCUGGUGCAGGGAUGCUGAUAUGCAUCUUUGUUCCCAAAUGUUACAUAAUAUUGUUUAUGCCAGACAGAAAUUCUCUUCAAAUGAUCAGAAAGAAAUCAUCUUCCCAUGCUCACCUUUCAUAA